UUUUAAUAUCACUAAUGUCGUAUAUUUUGGAAAUUGAUCGCAGAAGAGAGCUCAUCGCUGCCCUCCAGAUUGAUCCCAACAUGCUUAAUGAUAUUGAUAGAGAUAACAAUAAUGGAGAUAAUGACAGUUCUUUAGAUUACAAUUUCAAUCCAUUUGAUAACAAAGACUUUAUCCUCAUGAUUCUCGAGUUCUGCAGUCCCGAGGUGUUGCAUAAGCUUUACAGAGCCAGCAAGUACAUCCGCAAAGUCAUCGCCUCCAACAAAGACUACCUAAUCGCCAUCUCCGAAUACAAGUACACAGUGGUUUCAAGCAAGUUCGAGUACUUAAUAAAGGCAUACAAGGCGAGAGAAGACUCGAUCCUUGCGUUUCAGAUGGGAGUGAACAAGGCCAUUCAUCAGGAAGAUGAGGACGAAGAACACAAUGCCAGUCUUGGGACAUUGUCAAUGGGAAGCAACUACAUAAACUACAAACUUAACAAGGCUAAGAGCCUAUAUGCCUUCCCUAUUGUCCGUCCAAAUACCGCCUCUCACCAAAACCAAGAAGAGACAAAGCUACCUCGCCAAGAUGUCCCUACCCAGAGCUUUCAGAAUAAUUCAAAUUCUAGAAAUUCCCCAAGAAGCAGUCAAAAUAGGCAACUCUCUCAAGAAGAGUACCUAGACGAUGUUUUUGAGCGACAGAAAUUGGCAUCUUUACAAAACCUAAUGGAGAUCCAGAAAAAGGCUGAACAAGAAUUCCCCGUCUACUCUGAAAGACAAAGGAAGAAAUCCAGAAGAGUCAAGCGAAAGAAGAGCUUAAAUGCAGAUUCUCUUGAAAGAGAGUACCAAAUCAUCCAGUAUAAAAGACAACGUUUGAUUAAUAAGAGAAAAGAGGAGCUCAACCAGAAGUCCUUGGAUUUAAUAAAGGCUCACGAAGUUGAUAUCCGAGGUAUAGACUUCAUGAGGAUCUGAGAUGACAAAGACACCUCUAUACCUGAAGUUAUAGACGCCUUUUAUUCUUACAAAAAGAUCAGGUAUCAAAAGAGAUUCCAGAAUAUGGUAAAUAUUGCUAAAGGGAAGGAUCCUGUUGCUUUCAUUGGCAAUGAUGAGUACAUUCCAUUCCACCUGAUAUCAUCAAUUGGCAAGAAGCUGUUCACUCAUCCUUUUGGAGGCAAUAACGGAAUGGGAAAGUAAUUCAAAAUAAUUAUGUAAGAUCUAGUUC